AUGGCUCGCAAUAGUGUAAUGAAGAUGAUUAUUGAUGACUCUGAUUCUGAUAAUGAAUUGGAGAUAUUUGCAAUAGCUGCUUUAGAAGAAGAGCGGCUAAAUAAUGAGAGGCAAUUGGGAUUACGUCGUGGUUCUAUUCAAGGUCAUACAGUUAUUUAUCGUAAUCGAAUUCAAGGCCACAAGAGACUUUAUCAAGAUUACUUCUCUGAAACGCCUAUAUAUCCGCCCAAUUUAUUUAGGAGGAGGUUUUGGAUGAGUCGAUAUCUCUUUCUUCGUAUUUUAUCUAUGGUGGAAGCAUAUGAUCCUUAUUUUGUCCAGAAGAAAGAUGCUAUUGGAGUUCUUGGUCUGUCUUCCCUUCAAAAGAUGACAGCGGCUAUGAGGAUGCUCGCUUAUGGAGUAGCGGCCGAUUCUGUAGAUGAUUAUGUGAGGAUUGGAGAAAGCACUGCAAUAGAAAGUCUACAAAGGUUUGUUCAGGCAGUGGUUGCAAUUUUUUCAGAUGUGUACUUGAGGGCACCAAACAAAGAUGACAUUGCUAAAUUACUAGAGGUGGGAAAAAAUCGUGGGUUUCCUGGAAUGUUGGGGAGCAUUGAUUGUAUGCAUUGGAAGUGGAAGAAUUGUCCUACUGCAUGGAAAGGUAUGUAUUGUGGUCAUAUCCAUGAACCAACUAUUAUUUUAGAAGCGGUGGCUUCCUAUGAUCUAUGGAUAUGGCAUGCAUUUUUUGGAUUACCGGGAUCUCAUAACGACAUCAAUGUGUUAGAACGUUCUUCUGUAUUUUCUCUCCUUACUGAAGGGCAUGCUCCCCAAGUUGAUUACUCAAUCAAUGGAAAUGACUAUACAAUGGGAUAUUAUCUCGCUGAUGGUAUAUAUCCUCAAUGGUCAACAUUCGUUAAAACAAUUUCAUCUCCACGAGGCAAUAAGCAAAUACAUUUUGCUAAGGCUCAAGAGUCAGCAAGGAAGGAUGUCGAACGAGCAUUUGGAGUGCUCCAAGCACGUUUCUCAAUUGUGUGA